GCGCAUGCGCUUCGAGGCAGUGGAGGAAAAGGAGCGUGAGGCGAGCAGGUGUGAGCGUCGCGACUGGUUUGCUGUCCCUUCCUUUUCUUCUCUUGUGUAGCUCCCCUCCCUCCCUGCGUUCCUUGCUUCUGUCCCCUAUCCACAUUCCUCUCGGCAACAAGUUACAUAUGCCGCACAGAAUGUCUGGAACCAGAUGGCUGCCUGUCAUCCUUAUUUCAGCUGCUUUGUCCGGCUCCAACACGCAUGUCGAGUGUUUUAUUCCUACAGUUUUGCGAGGGAAAGGUUCGCUGUCAAGCCCUUGGAGAUGUAUUCCUCCCCUUUCACAGCAACGCGCAACAGGAUCCUGCAGGCCGAAGGUCGCUGGCACAUUUCGAAGAGGAGCAUCGAUGCCUAUCCGAGCUGCCGUCCAACAAGAUGACGAUGACCAACUCCGAAAGCAGUUCGAUGAUCUGUUGGAGAAGUCAGGCCGUGAUUCUGGGAUGAAGAAGCUUAAGGCACCGAAAGGGUCUUGGGCUUCAAUGAGCGGCGGCAAGAAGGAAGAAGCGAAAAAAGAUUUGGUGACGAAGGGCGAAAGCUCGAGAGAAGAAAGUGUUGAAGAAACCACCAAGAUGCAGGCCAAGCCAAGUAUUCCUUCUUAUGCUCAGAUGGACGCGUACUUGAAAGGCAAGAAAACAGAGCCAUUGGAAGAGCACAAGGAUGCUGAGGCUGCUAAGACCCCGAACCUGGUCCGUCCGUCCUACAGCAUCUCAAAGUCAGCCAGCAACACUGAUAGUACCAACGUCGUCUCUGUGAAAUCCUUCGAGGAAGGAGACGACGUUCCUCUCGAUCUGUUCCAGCAGCUGGUUGAUAAUGAGGAUAAGCCCAUUGAUCUCAGCGAGUUGGAGUCGAUGGGGAAGAAACUCUUGCUGAUUGUUCCCGAGCCUUCACGGCACUCAGGAUCCGCAUCAGACAACUGGACAAAGCUGCUCAUCGACAUCCAGAACAAGCUUGGAAGCCGUCUCCCAGCUGUCAGCUGUAUCGCUGUAUCGCCCGAGCCCAGCGGAUUGCACGUGAAGAUGCUCAACAAAUUCAAACUGAAGCUCUUUUCUUUCGUCUCUGAUCCCGAUCGGCGGCUUAUGCAUGCUCUCAAGUUGUGGGAUCCCAAGGCUGCUGGAACCGGGGUGACAAUGGAGCGACAGACGUUCAUCAUCGACGUAUCGAGCAAAAGAUUCGUGAAGAUCUUGCGGCAAGAGCCUUUCCUGGGUCACGCAGAUAUUGUCCGGGACUCUCUGAUUGCGUUGAGCGGCAUGCAGGAGGAUGAUACUUCGACUGGGACGGAGGUCCUCAGCGGACCACCUCUGCGUGCAUUUGGCGCAAAGGAGGAGGGAGGAGCGAUGGAGAGCACACAGACGGAUCCGGUAUCUAGUUCGUCGAUUGAAGAGGUACAGCUGGAGCAAAUCAUGGACAAACCGCAGAGGAUGGGAGAAAGCUUAAUAGUGCAGGUAGUCAUCGACGUCGACGAGGAUUUGGUCGGAGUGAUCAUCGGGAAGAAGGGAGCAACUAUCCGUCAGCUGCAGGAGGACACCGGAGCCAAAAUCAAGAUUGAAACCACCCCAAUGUGUCGAGCGUUGAUCAGAGGAACGAGGGAACAAUGCAAGCUUGCGAUCGAGCAGAUCGAAGAAAUGACAUUAAACCUUCAAAUGAUUUCGCUCGAUGUCCCUCAAAGCUUUGCAAAAAGUCGGGUGAAUUUCAAGAAGCUUGCAGAGGUGAGAGAGCAGCUGAAUGCUGACAUUCGCCUUGAAAAAGGAGAGCAAAAUGAGAAUCUACGGUGGAUUGUGCGAGGACGCGACUUGGAUGAAGAAGAGGUCAAUGUACUCCUCAACUCGGUGCUGGAGAGUUCUAUGCCUCAAGACGUGUUUGUCUACGAGCACGGAAAUGACCAGCUGCUUGUCCGCAGCCUGUUAGGAAUGAAAGGAAGCUUCAUCAAGCAGCUCGAAGAGGAGGCAGGACUCACCCUUCGCUUCCGAAACGAUGGAAAAACGAUUUCCUUCACUGCUUUCGGAUCGCCGGAGGUGAUAGAGCAACUUAGGUCUCGUUUCAAAGAGCGAAUGGCCUCCAUGGUCGAGGAAAUUCUUCCUCUUCAAGACGAAGAAAUCAAUACCUUGCUCGCUAAUGGUGGUAAGAACGUACGCAAAGUUGAGGAAGGUUGCGAAGCCUUGGUAAGCAUUGAACGAGAACCUUCCAUGCAGAUGCGCGUGCGAGGAGAAAAAGAAGAGGUCAAGAAAGCGAUUGAUACCGCCAGGAUGGUUCUGGGCAUGCAAGAGAGCGACAUGCUGCUUAUCCCAAACAAUCUAUGCCGCAUGCUUGUUGGACCCAGAAGAGCGAAUCUCAAUUGGCUAGAGGAGGAGGCGGGCUGCUUCUUCAACGUGAAGAACCAGGGCAACGAGAUCUAUCUGCAGAUUAGCGGCAACGAGGAACAGCGAGCAGCGGGCGCAAACAUGGUGAAGGAGCUUCUGUAUUCCAAUUCGAGCAAGUACACGGCCACGAAGAAAUUGAGUAGUGAUUUGGUCGCUGAGCUGCUGCGCCGGAAAGGAAUGAAGAUGCGAGAGAUCGAAACAAGUACGGGCACGUACAUCUCUGCUAUCAAGCUUCAAGAUGAAGAUGGCGUAGAGGACCAAGAAGGAAAUUUUUCUGGUAUUCUCUUGCGCGGCACACCUGAUGCCAUCAAUCGUGCGUUUGCAAUGAUAGAGGAGCGGCUGGAACAGUCGGUGGAUGAACUGCUGCUUGAUGAAAUACUCGGGAAGGAAGCCUCUGUCUUUGAGCUUCGCGCCCUGAUCGGCUUUAAGGGGCAAAAGAUAGCAGAGAUUGAGCAGCAGACAGGAGCGAUCGUGAGGAUCGAUCAGGGUGAAAGGCCGCGAUUGAGGAUCUCGGGGUCUCAAGUGGAGAAAGACAAGGUGGUAAAGCUCAUCCGCGAGUGGCUGAGCGGCUCCAAGACAGAAUUCAUGCCGUUGGACAAGAGCAUGCACGGAAGUCUCAUCGGUGUCAGGGGGAGGGUCGUUCGAUGGAUGGAAGAGAGGAGCGGUGCUAGGAUCUCCUUCCAGACGGACAAAGAGACUGCAGAGAUAGGAAUGCUCGUGUGUGGAUCAGAGCAGCAAUGCUCUGCCGCCAUCGAGCUUGCUCGUGACAUCCUGGAAAACGAAAAGUUCGAGCAUUUCUUCCUCCCAGCCUCCAGCUUUGGUGCGAUCCUGGGUCCAAAGGGCAAAUACGUAAAGGAGAUCGAGAUGAUGUCAGGAGCUCGUGUGCACGUGCUGGACGAUUACAAUUCGAUGGAGAUGUCACGUUUUGGAGUGAAUGUGCAGGAGAUUCUGUCGCAGAAAUCAAAAGAGGACAUGGCGAUCAUUGUCAAGGGAUCCAACGAGCAGAGGAGGCUGGCACGAGAUCUUAUCAGUGAUUUCCUUGAGGCUUCUGGUGUCGACGUUCACACUUUUAGCCAUGAAGAUUUUGAUUCUAUCUCAAGUGUACGGGGGUCCUUCAUCGUUAUGCUGGAAGAAGAGUGCUCGGUGAUGGCAAAGCUGAACUUCAAGAAUUCAACCAUUGAGAUCAAAGGCAAAGAGAAAGACAGGCGAGCAGCAUUUGAGAAGAUCCGUCAUUAUCUUGCUUUGGAAGAACAGGAGAUUCUUUUCGAAGCUGAAUUUCCUGUCAUCAUGCUAAGGAGCUUCAUCGGCCUCAAUGGCAAGAAUGUGAAGGAAGUUGAGAAGCGAACUGGUUGCUGGAUACGCGUCGUAUCAGAGAGCAGGUUUCAUCUCAUUCUCAAGGGGGAUGCGGAGGCUCGAGGUCGGGUAGUCAAGGAGGUGGAUGAAUGGAAGAGAAACAACCAGCACGAGCGCUUCCCAAUGGAGGAGAGCAAGCAUUACGCCAUCAUCGGCAAGCAAGGCGCUACGAUUCAUAAGAUUGAACAAGAGUCCAACACAGUGAUAUGCUUCUCGACCACCCCUGAGCCAGCUAUGAUCGUAUUCGGCAAAGAGGAGGAUAGGAAAGUUGCCUUUGCAUUGGCGCAGCAGGUCGCACAGGGAAAUUCUCGCGAGCAAGACGUCAUGACGAUUCCUCGAGAACUACACGCGUUGAUUAUCGGCAUGAAUGGGAAGAGCAUCAAGAAAGUUGAGCAGGACAGCGGUGCUCGUGUUCAGAUCAAAGGCAUCGAUGUGGACAACUGCAUCAUCACUGGAACCGACGUUCAGAGGUCAGCGGCUAUGCGAAUGCUGCAGGACAUGGUUCGGGGGCAUGGAACCUCGAAAGUCCCUUGCGAAGAGCGGCUGCAUCGCGUCAUUAUCGGCCCUCGCGGCAGCACGGUGACGUGGAUCGAGAAGCGAAGCUCAACGGUCAUUAGCUUCAUGGGAGGGUCCCAGCCGUGCGUGGUGAUCAAAGGGGCGGAGGAUGACAGAGCGCAAGCAGUUUCCUUGGUGGAGGAGAUCCUCAAGGAAGAAAUUGAAGAGAAAUUUUACGUCGAGCAACGCUACCAUGGAUACCUGAUCGGACCAGGGGGCUCGCGGAUCAGGGAGAUAGAGGACACUACUGGGACGAGGAUCGACAUAAGCGACGAGGAGCCAGUGAUUGUCAUCACUGGCCUCCGAGUCUGUCGAGAUGAAGCUUGGGAGCUCAUCCAAGCGAAGAUGGAUGAGAUGGACGCGGCACAGCAAGAGUAAAGAGUACUUUAGGAGACAUGUAAAUGAAUUCGUUUCUUUAC